AGUUCUACGUCCCAAAGCUCAGGAAAUUGAGACACCGCGUCUAUCAGCAAUUCCUCCAUUGUUACCAUGCCGUUUGCGUGUGUUUACUGUUUACCUGUAGAUAGCCGCCAAAAAAGCGUACUGACACGCCUUCCUAUUUUGAUCAGUGCGGCGUGCGCUGGUUCCACUUUAAGAUAUCAUGUAUAUAAAGCUAGAUAUAUAGCGUGAACUGUACGCUAAAGGGGACACGCAUCGUCAUUCAUUGGCCAUUUUGCCCCGGUGCCUGAAAAAGCUAUAGAUGCUCACUUUUUGAAAGAUAUUGAAACGGUUUGGUGUAGCACAUUCAUCAUAGAUGUGGUAAUUUUACUUCCUAGUUAAGAAUAUUUUAAACAUUACUGAUCCAAAACGGGUAACGACACCUACACCGCCGACUCAGCCAUUAGACAUCUAGCCUUAUAUUUGUAAUAUCUAUGGUUCUGCCCACGUGAGAAGGCAAUUUUCCGGAAAAAAGUGACGUAGUUCCGGUUACAGACCCGCCAAGAUUGAAAACAAAAAUGGCUGGCGUUUGUUGACAUUUCGUUCCCUGCGACAAUAAAAAAUAGAAGUCUUCGACACACGUCUUGUUUUUAUACACCUUACUUACUUUAUGAUUGUCAAGCGUACACGACCUAAAGUAAUGGUUAAAUGCUGAGAAAAAGCAUUGCUUGUUGUUACCAAACAGAAUUCCUAGAUGUGGACAAAUAAGACAGCAAAGAUGAAGGACUGGGGCGAGCGUCUAAAGAAGGUGGAACAGCUAGCCGAGGCCUUCCAUCACAGUCCUGUGAUCCCGCGCUAUAAGCCUCGACUUUGGCCGUGCCAGCCUUCCUCUGUUUGGAAGCUCUUCCAUCGCCAAAAUAUGGCUAUUGGCUUUGCUCGCAGCUGCAAGGAGCCUGUGCAUGUCUUUGCACUGGAAAAAGAGAAUGCUGUUCAGGGUCAAAGGAUAUUCCUGGUGACCAGUUACUGUGAGCUGUGGCACUACUAUAGGACCUUCCCGCAGUCCUUGAUGCACUGCUACGAGGUGAUACCGGAGGGCGUUGUUUGCAAACUCUAUUUUGACUUGGAGUUCCACAAGCCCUCAAACAGUGAGGUUGAUGGGAAAAAGAUGGUGUCCAUGUUGAUCCAGUAUGUUUGUGAAAAGCUACAGGAAAUUUAUAGUGUGGAAUGCACGGCAGCAAACGUCCUCAAUCUGGACUCCAGCACAGAUGACAAAUUCAGUCGUCACCUUAUCUUCAAUCUCAAAAAUGCGGCUUUCAAAGACAACAUUCAUGUUGGUGCCUUCAUUCAUGCCAUUCUUCAACCUGCUCUGGAUGAAUGCAACGAGGAAAGUAGCGGAAUGCAUGCCGAGCUGACAGGUGAUGGAACACAGAACAAAAAAAGGAAACAAGAAAAGAUGGACCUCAGCUUCCUUCGUGUGAAAAAGGAGGAUGGCCACCAUGCUCUGUUUGUUGAUCUUGGAGUCUACACCAAGAACAGAAAUUUCCGUCUGUAUAAAUCCUCUAAAGUCGGGAAGAAUGCUGCCUUCUCUUUAGCAGAGGAUAAUGAGUUCAUCUCCACACCAAUCAAGGGCGUUUCUUCAGAAGAAAGCGUGUUUUUAGCAUCUUUAGUGUGCAACGUGAGCUUCACAGGCCAGAAAAUUCUGACAUGGGAAGCCCCAGAGGAUUGCGCUUUGAGGACCAAGAGGCUUCAGAGCAAACAGUUCUUACCCUCUGGUUCACAUUCGCUCUCAGGCUGCCUGACGUCUCCUUACCAAGAGGUGGACGACUUUGUAUUAACCGUGGUUAGGAAGGACACAAUACAAGGAAGUAUCAGACGGUGGAGUUACUUUGCGUCCGAGCAGUUGCUGGUGUAUGACAUCGCCAAGUACCGCUGGUGUGAUAACAUUGGCCGGUUUCACAAAAGCAACAACAUCAUAAUUGUGGUGGAUCUUAAAGAGGAAGUGUGGUACCAAAAGUGUCACGAUCCUGAGUGCAGGAACUUCAGAUCCUCAAGUUACCCUCUGCCACAGGAGAUUUGCAUGAGUUACAUAAUGAUGAUGGAUGAGGAGGACCAAGCAUACAUGAUGGACGAAGCAGGCAACAUCGAACCUAGCCAGGCGCCAGCACAGGUGGCUCCAGAUCAGGAAUCCACAUCUGCUUGGGUAGAAGGCGCUGAGGACGACCGCGAAUUCUCAGAAUGCCUCGACAACUUUGAGGUGAACAGCAGCGAAAUCUCCGAUGAGCUGCUGCUCAGCUGCAUCGAAGAGUUCCAUUAACAGUAGAAGGUGAAGUGUGUCCAAGAAAUGUUAAUUUAACGAUGCACUUUAUUGAACUCUAAUAUUUGUACUCACAUGUUUGGAGAAAAAAUGUAUUUUAUACAUUACUAUACAAACACAAUAUUGUUUGAAAAGACUGGGUCUCAAUUCCAAAUUUCAUCAGUGUCUUGUAAGCCGAGCGGUGUGUCAAAGGCAGAAUUGAACUGUCAGCCGAGCGGUGUGUCAAAGCAGAAUUGAAGUCAAGUAUUAAGUACCAACAAAGCCCCUCCUGCAGAAAACAUACUAGACUACAUGGUGGAGAAACAGGGAAUGCAAAAAUAGUCAAUAUUAUGUGUCAUAAUAUUAGGCACAGUUAAUAUUAUUCACCUGCAUUAUAAAACUAACACUCAUAAAUAAAACCAGUUAUAAUUUGG